GCUUGCUACAUAUGGGCCAACCCACUGUGGUUAGCAGCAAACUAUAGCACUGGCUGUCACUUCUGUUUCCUCUGCUUUGUACAUUGUUUCUCAGCGUUGACCACAGGACACUUGAUUUCGUUUGUUGCAAAUUCUUCUGACAAAGAACGACCUCUACUUCAAACAAAACUCUUUAUUCACAUGACAACAAGCUAGAAGGAGCAUACAAUGGGGCCCAUGCUAUCAAAGAAGUUCCUCAAGACUCGGCAGGUGGUUCUAAUGGGCCUGGACUCAGCUGGGAAAUCCACACUGCUCUACAGGAUCCACCGAGGGGUCGUCAUGCAAACCUCACCCACCAUAGGCUUCAACGUGGUGACCUUGGAACUGGACAAGAAGACGGUGUUUACCGUUUGGGACAUAGGUGGUCAGGGGAGCAUGAGAGCCAACUGGAAGUAUUACCUAGAGAACUGCGAGGCUCUGGUGUUUGUGGUGGACGCUGGUGACCGUACUAGAAUGGAGGAGGCCAAGACAGCUCUGAAGAAAGUCCUGUCUGACCACAACAUGGCAGACAUUCCUUUGAUGGUCCUGGCCAACAAAUCAGACCUGCCAGACGCAAUGACAGUCAGCGAGGUGUCCAAGCAACUGGAUAUGGAUAGCUACAAGGACAGGGUUUGGGAGAUCCAAGCAUGCAGCGCUUUGAGAGGACAGGGACUCCAGCAAGCUUUUCAGUCCGUGGCCAAACUCAUUCAGACCAACUGAGAGAGACAAGGUUGAAAACUAGAGAGGGACGGUUUGAUAUUGAAGCAUUAAUACUUAAGUAUCAACAUGUUAUUAAUGUUAUAUUACAGUACUUCGUCUCUUGAACCCUUGGCUUAUUAUUCAAUUGUCAAUUGAAGGACAUAGUAUUCAGUAACUACUAUGAAUUAUUCAAUCA